AAGUCUCAACAGUUGAAACGGUCGUUAAUCUCUCUCUGUCUCCAACGCUGUGAUUUUAGGUCCUUAUUCCAUCUGUAUUCGUUUGUUGAUUUAUACCUUAAAUCAACUGAACAUGUUCUCUUAAUCUUGCUUCCUGAAAAUCAGCAACGGAUGGAACCGUAUUCGGUUGAUUUCUCGUGAUUCGUGCAAUUCUAUUCAUGCAACUCGGUGUAUUCUUCGUCCAGAUUUGAUUCAUUGGUUCCGAUAUAUCCUGUUUACUGUCCAGGUUGCAAUCUUUCUGUGCUGUUUGGUGAUUCUUUUUUUUUCAUGAGCUGUUCUGCUCAUUGCUGAACUACUUCCAAUUAUCACAAUUUGCAACUAGGGUUAUGGUUGUUACUUUUGACGACGUUUAAAUUCUAUGUCAAUCUAGGUUUUGGGUGGUGAUUUUUAAGGGUUUGACACGUUGUUUUCAUGAGUUAUUUGUUGAGGAGCUGUUGCGUUCUGCUGUUGAAUUGUAUUUUUUGAGAUCUGAUGAGACGCCGCUCGCCGGCGACUCCUCCAGUGGACCAUAUGGAGAAGGGACUAGGAAGGAAUCAACAUUCCCGAAUUUGUUUAUUAGCUUCGUUAACUGCAUUUUUCUGGUUCUUUUUAAUGUAUUUCCAUUUUGUUGUCCUUCGAGGUAGUAAUGCCGAUCAUACUUCACCAUUGAAUCCUAUCUCUGUUAGUACCAAUUCCCCACUAACAAUCAUAAGUCGUCCCAUUACUACUAGUCGUCCAAUAACUAAUAUUCAUCAUGGACCAGAACUUUCUGUCGAUAACAAUACCCAAUCGACCUAUCCCGGGCCAAACUAUGCACAAGCAACCCCUGUUAGUCGUCCAGCACCCACUAGUCGUCCUCAGAGUAGUAGUCAUCGUGAAUUGAAAAAUUACCCAUUUAUGAGGGCAUUGAGAACCAUACAGAACAAGAGUGAUCCAUGUGGUGGGAAGUACAUUUAUGUUCAUGACCUUCCUCCAAAGUUCAAUGAGGAUAUGCUCAAGGAAUGCAGGAGUCUUAGCCUUUGGACCAAUAUGUGUAAGUUCACUAGUAAUGCUGGGCUUGGUCCACCGUUGGAGAAUGUUGAAGGAGUGUUCUCAAAUACUGGAUGGUAUGCGACGAAUCAGUUUGCUGUUGAUGUGAUCUUUGGUAAUCGAAUGAAACAGUAUGAGUGCCUGACCAAUGAUUCUUCCCUUGCCGCUGCCAUUUUUGUGCCCUUCUAUGCAGGGUUUGAUAUUGCUCGGUAUCUUUGGGGGUACAACAUCUCAAGAAGGGAUGCUGCAUCCCUUGAUUUGGUUAAUUGGCUCAUGAAGAGGCCGGAGUGGAGUAUAAUGGGCGGAAAGGAUCAUUUUCUUGUUGCUGGUAGGAUAACAUGGGAUUUUAGGAGACUAUCAGAUGAAGAAUCUGACUGGGGUAACAAGCUUCUGUUCUUACCGGCUGCAAAAAAUAUGUCCAUGCUUGUGGUGGAAUCAAGCCCCUGGAAUGCAAAUGAUUUUGGUAUCCCAUAUCCCACCUACUUCCAUCCGGCAAAGGAUGCUGAGGUUUUCAUUUGGCAGGACCGGAUGAGGAAAUUGGAGCGAAAGUGGCUUUUCUGUUUUGCUGGCGCGCCACGGCCUGACAACCCCAAAUCAAUCAGGGGACAGAUUAUUGAUCAAUGCAAGAAGUCCAAGGUGUGCAAGCUGUUGGAAUGUGAUUUUGGGGAGAAGAGUAAAUGUCAUUCUCCAAGCAGUAUAAUGCAGAUGUUCCAGAGCUCCCUUUUCUGCCUACAGCCUCAAGGCGAUUCAUACACAAGAAGAUCGGCUUUUGACUCAAUGUUGGCAGGUUGCAUACCUGUCUUCUUCCAUCCUGGUUCAGCUUACACACAAUAUACUUGGCAUCUUCCGAAGAAUUAUUCAAAGUACUCGGUUCUCAUUACAGAGAAUGACGUUCGUACGAAGAAUUUUAGUAUUGAGCAGAGGCUCAGUCAAAUUUCUCCAGAUCAGGUUAAGAUAAUGAGGGAGGAGGUUAUAAAUAUUAUCCCCCGGCUGAUAUAUGCAGAUCCUCGCUCUAAAUUGGAGACUCUUAAAGAUGCUUUUGACGUAUCUGUGCAGGCUAUUAUUGACAAAGUUACAAAGUUGAGAAGAGACAUUAUUGAAGGUCAUCAUGAUGAUAAUUUCAUCGAGGAGCUGAGUUGGAAAUAUGCCUUGUUAGAUGAAGGGGAGCGUGAGGUGGGGCCUCAUGAAUGGGAUCCUUUCUUUUCCAAACCUAAGAAUGGUAAUGCGGAGUCUAAUGGUUCAUCAGCCGAAGUAGCCAAAAGUUCUUGGAAGAAUGAGCAAAGAGAAGGGUCAUGACUAGGAGUCAAUGAGUUCACCGAUAGAAGAUGCUCAAUGCAUACAAGCUGGAGAGCUUAGAACAAGACCUUGUGAUUUAGAGGUCUGAUGGAGGUAAACAUUUCAGGGCUCCUUUUAGGAAAACCAUUUUAGCAUAUACCAUCUAGCUUUAGAAGAGCACAAUCUUAUUUAAAUUCAGAAGUAUAGAAAUAUUUGUUUCAGCUUUUGAUAAAAUUAGGUUUUUCAUGUUCUAUUUAUUUGUUGAAUUUGUUUCCCAAUGAAAGCAUAAGAGAAGUUACACAGAUUUCUUAUUUUAGAAACUGGGUCUUGAUUUUAAAUUCACCCAUUUCAUUUUGCU